GCAGGGGCACCUCGACCUACCGACCAGACUCGUGUCGCGAGAUUGCUGCUGAGCAAAUGGAUUCCGCUGCCGCUGAGGAAAUCAGCCCUCGAAGAGAGCUCCAUAGAAGCAACCUCGGGGAAAGACCACGGGGUGAGCAAGGAAGGACCGGAGGGUGCAUCGUCACAAGGGGCAGCAUCGACUGAAGGAUACGUGGCGAUUGGGGAAGGUGAGGAUGGAGAGGUGGAAACGGAGGAGAAAGUUGGGGCAUCGACGGCGAUCGUCGCUGGGGCAAAGCGUCGGGUGAGGAGGGGCUUCACAUACCCCGGCACGCUGUGGUGCGGGGCCGGGAACAGCGCGGACAACUUCGAUCACCUGGGCGAGUUCGAGGAGACGGAUCGCUGCUGCCGCGACCAUGACCACUGCGAGCACGUGAUCGACGCGUUCCGAUACAAAUACGGACACCGCAACCUCCGCUGGUACACCAUCUCGCACUGCGCGUGCGACCACAGCUUCAAGCAAUGCCUGCGGAGGUCCAACGACACGGCGUCGCUCGUCAUGGGCCAGGCAUACUUCAACGUCAUCAGCGUGCCCUGCUUCACUCUCGAGGAGCACGAGGAGUGUGCCGAGAGGUCCUGGCUGGGAUGGUGCCAAACGCACGAGACGGUCUACAGAGCUAUCAUUCGGGAUCAGGAGCCCUACCAGUACGGCGCCGUGGAUCUCAUCGACCUGCCCGUGACCUCACCGACACUGGCGGCACGGGGGAAUAAAGGCACGGAGGCGCCGGGCACGCAGGAGAGAGGGGAGACGGCAGAGGAGGGAGCGGCGGACGGGGCACGGACCCUGGGGAUCUCCUCCCCUGGGGCCGAGGGGAUGGCUGGGGUCGCCGUGGCUGAGAAGCCGACGGUCAAAGCCACGACGGAGCGGCAGAGUACAGACAAGGACACCUCGACGAAGCAAGGACAGCCAAGGACGGCUGCAGGCAAGGGAGGCAGAGGCCGUGGAAAGAAUCGGGGCAAGAAGAGACGAGGACGCAAGAGGAAGGGAAACCCCAACUCGGCGCCGAGUGGGAAGGCAGCUUUGCCAACGAUGCAGCAACCUGCGAUCUUGGACCUCCGAGAAAGCAGACUUAUGGAUACGUCUACAAAUGCACCGAGAGCGGACACUGGCUCAGCCCCGGGCUCUCGCCCCAUUGCAAACCCUCAGACUUUUCUGGCUAGAAGGCGUCAACAUUUUGCUGAUUUGCUCAAACAUCUGGGUACCCAUCCACGGGCCGCAGGAACAUUGCCAGCUGUAAUCCCCCCGAAGAGAGCAAUUCGGGGAAAUGGUAAAAUGAGCCUUGGCUAUUCCCUGCCCCCUUCAACCUUAAACAGCCUCCCAACGACCACCUCCAACCCCAAUAACAACCAAACGUCUGUCGUGGUCUCCCAAUUGCACUUGCCAGCUGGCCGUCAGCAGGUCGCCAAGUGCCCGUAUGGGCUCUCGCUAAUGGCGCGACUGCUAUCCCGCGGAAAACCAAGGAGGCCACCAGCACGCCCACACAAUAAAAUGGCGGCGGCAUCGCUGGAUUUUGGUUUUCAAACGGUGGUGUCGAUCACAUCAGCAGCGAUGACGACGACGAUGGUGCCAGGGCAACAGAUCCCAUUCUUCACAAAAGCAGCAGCAGUGGCGGUGGCAGAUGGGCGAUCGUUUUACCAUGCUGGCAAGGACGCGUUGAAGGCCACUGCCUUUGCAGGCACUGGUUUGAGAGCAAUGAUUGCACCAACGUCGUCUGCUCUCCAGCCUUUGGGUAGAAUAACGGUGCAACCGCUCGUGAACGGUGACAAUGUCGCCACCGGUGGCACAGUUAUUCUCAAGGCAAAGCGCAAAAAGGGCAGAAAGAGAAAGAAAAGUGCGACAUUGCUCGCGACACAGUCGCUCGAUAAUUCACCAGCAGAGAAGCCCUCUCGUUUUUCUAGGCUUUGGCUUACUUAGCGACUGGCGGUAUAACUACCAGUCAUAGUUAGAAUAGAAUGCAGGGUCUGCUGUGGACUUAUAAGUAAGAAUAUUAGAGGUCUAUCUUUUGUCUGUUUGUUUAUAGACUCUUUGCACAUAUAACCAUGGGCUGGAGCAUUUAGAAAGAAAUGGGUGAAUAGGACAGGCAGAGGGCAUGUAACCCCAUUUUAGGCCCUGAAUCAGUUGGUUAAUCGUCUCCAAGUAGCCACAUCUUUAUUCAUAGGGAAAUCACAACAAACUUUGUCGUUUGGUCAUAUUUUUUCUCAUGGAAAUUGAUAUACUGUGCUUUAAUCACAUUCCGAAUUGGUGGCUCGAUGACAGAUCUGGGUAAAAAUAUGACCUCAUUUCCCAACUCUGUCCUGAAAUCACAAGGAAAGCUAUACCAGAAGAAUUCACGUUGGGUUCAUAGUCAACUUAGAGCAAUCUGUUUGGUUCCAGGCUCCCAACAACACCACCUCAGUUUGAUCCCAACUUAACGCUGAUAAAUGUCAUCUUGUACAUUUUCACGUCAGCAAGAUAAGCCGUCAGUGUACUUUAUGGCUCAGGUGUUGCCUGGUUUAAACGAUAAGUACAGCUGAGUAUGGUCAGCAUAGCAAUGAAAAUUUUCCUUACUGGAUGUGAACAACAUCGCCCAAGAGUAGCAGCAUCUACAAUGUAACUUAACACAACUCUAUGCACCAUUGUAUGGCAACAAUCUUUUUGUCCUUACUCUAUUUUAACAGAUUGCGUAUUUUUAUACUUUUAGGGAUAUAAUUUCUGUCCUCCAGUGUUGAGCCUGAAAUAAGUGGUGUGAAGAUGUCAUCAAUGUGCAGCUACAAAGCAGCAGGAAGUGGUAGGGAGUAAUACCUGGAGUUGAACGGAUUGCCAUAAAUAUUCAUGUUAUUAGAUUAUCAUAAAUUAUGUUCGCUAAAUGUCCGACAAAAUCAUUGUUAAUAGUGUGUGGAUCACUCUUCAUUGGUCAUGUCGGGUGGAGCGAGGUGUACGACACACAUCUUACUCACGCGAUCCGAUCUUAUUGGUCGCAAAAACCGAUACGUUAGAAUGGUCAACAACAUUGAAAACGACCCUUGGCUCUUGAGAAUGAAUGGCCAAUAGUUUUGAAGGCUACUCCCGUAACAAAAAGCUAAGCCCAUACCAUAAGGAAUCUGCACAUCAUUCACUACUCUAGUGAACAACAAAUACAUGGGCAGCCAAUACGCCUUCUUCCCAUUAUUUGUCCCCAAUUGUAUUUUUUUUCCACAUCGCAUCAGCCACACGGACGUCUGAAAAUGAAUAUUGUCAGCAGCAUUGGGUACAAUACAAGCACAUCUCUGUAACGAUGUGCUCCCGGAAGCGUACCGUGGUGUUUGAACAUCUUAUGAGGACGACAGAGCUUGGAUAAUUGUUGGCAACUGCUUACCACGUGGCAGCGUCCCUGCUUCUCUGUAGUUCCUUAUUCUUGAAUCGUUUUCUGUCUCCGAGAGUAAAUAGAUAAUUUGCGGCGCGGUAUGAGUUGAAGUUGUUGCUAUUAUCAACGCAAAGGCAAAGAAUCAGAUGUUUAACAUGUGUAAUAAAGGUCGUUGAGACAA